GCGUCACACAGGCCGCUCUAGCACCGCUGUCCUUACUCUUUGGUUUCCGGCUGUGUCCUGGGGCGUCAGGACGUUUUGACUUCCGAGACGCUCUAGGCACGUGGAGAGUAGGGUGGGCUUUGCCACUCUGCCCUCGCAGCCCACAUGUUCGAGGAGCCUGAAUGGGCCGGGGCGGCCCCAGUAGCCGCAGGCCUUCGGCUGGUAACCCCACAGACUCGGCCAGCGGCAGCCUCGCAAAUCGAGGGUUCCAAGCGCCGCCAGCUUUUGGCCACAUUACGGAUCCUAGAAGCAGCAUCUCUUUCCCAGCAACCCCCUGGUAGCCCACCUGGCAGUGACUAUGAGGAGGAGGAAGUUGUAGAACAGAAGAAACAACUGCCAAAGGCCUUGUUUGCCAAUUCCUCUGCUAAAGGAGGGGGAAAAAGGAAGAAAAAACGUCCAAAACAGGGCCCACCUUGCAGUGAUUCUGAGGACAAGGAAGUAGAAAGGAAGAAGUGUCACAAACAAGUUUUUGACAAAGAUUCUGCUGAAGAGAAGAGAAAGAAGAAACACCAAAAACAGACUUCUUCAAACUCAACCCAACACCUGGACAGUGUUGACCAAACAGACCACGAAGCCUGGAAGAGUACUGCUACAAAUAACCUGCCCAAGCCAAGCCUUGGAUCUCCUUCUCCUAAACACCCGAGUACCUUGAGCCGCAAGCAGUGGCGGAAUCGGCAAAAGAAUAAGCGGAGACACAAGAACAAAUUUCGUCCACCUCCAGCACCAGACGAGCUUCCUGCCAAGGACUCCACAGAGGACACAGAGGUGCCUCCUGCCCCCACACCAAAUAGCCAAGAGACUCGGGCAGGAGCCCUACGAGCCCGCAUGGCCCAGCGGCUGGAUGGUGCCCGAUUUCGCUACCUCAAUGAACAGUUGUACUCGGGGCCCAGCAGUGCUGCACAGCGUCUCUUUCAGGAAGACCCUGAGGCUUUCUUUCUCUACCAUCGCGGCUUCCAAAGCCAAGUGAAGAAGUGGCCACUGCAGCCAGUAGACCGCAUUGCCAGGGAUCUUCGCCAGCGGCCUGCAUCCCUAGUGGUGGCUGACUUUGGAUGUGGAGAUUGCCGUCUGGCUUCCAGUAUCCGGAACCCUGUGCACUGCUUUGACUUGGCCUCUCUAGAUCCCAGGGUCACUGUGUGUGACAUGGCCCAGGUGCCUCUGGAGGAUAAAUCUGUGGAUGUGGCUGUAUUUUGCCUUUCACUGAUGGGAACCAACAUUAGGGACUUCCUGGAGGAGGCAAAUCGGGUAUUGAAGCCAGGGGGUCUUCUGAAAGUGGCUGAGGUUAGCAGCCGCUUUGAGGAUGUUCGGGCCUUUCUGGGGGCUGUGACCAAACUGGGCUUCAAGGUCAUCUCCAAGGACCUGAGGAACAGUCACUUCUUCUUGUUUGAUUUUGAAAAGACUGGGCCCCCUCGGGUAGGGCCCAAGGCUCAACUUUUAGGCCUGAAACUUCAGCCAUGCCUCUACAAGCGCAGGUGACCUUUGGACACUCCCUGAAAGGGGAGGCAGGUUCAGAACUCUCAAGACUGAAUCCAGCCAAGCUGUGGGCCAUGACCUAGUAUUGCCUUCCCUCUGUCCCAAGAACAAAUUAUGAUAAAACCCCUGUCACAGCUCUAAGUGAAGUCUUCUCAGUUACAAGGAGCAUAACAUCCCUUGUGCAAGCUAAAGAAUAAGAAAUUUGCUGUGAGAAAAGGAAGAUAUCUGAGGAAUAUAGAUCUUUAGACCUCAUGAAAACUAGUUGGUUUGGAAUUGAAGGUUCUCUGGAUUUGGCUCUUCUUUCCAUCUCUCAGAAGACACAUGGGCUUUUUGUCCUGAUCUCUCCACUGUGCUCUUUUCUGAUCUGUACUGACCAGCCUCUGCUCACUUCUGUCUGCCAAGGCCUUCAAGACUGCAGACAGGUAGCUUGUCUGUCAUGGCAAUUACAAUCUUGGCCUACUAUUUACAGCUGGAAGUCAUGUAAUCUCUGAUUAUCACAUUUCUCUCUUGGAAAAUGCUAAAAUUUCUGUCUUAUAGCAUUGUUGUCUGGGUUAACUGAGGAGGUCUAUAGCCAGGACUGGAAACAUAGAAGGUGCUCAAUAAACUAACUCUGUCUAUUAUAUGUUGUCUUAUUGUUCUUUGAAGACCUUUCUUGGAGCUGGUAGAAGGCUGAAGUGAAUAGAUUUGUUGACUGAGAAAGACUCUGGGAGACUUAAGGUAAAGACUUUCAAGAGACUCAUUUCAUGAGAUGCUUAGAGACUCAAUGUAUUUUGAACUGUCCUUGGAAAGAGGUAGUCCAGGAGUUGAGUUUCUAUUCAUACACAGCUAGUUGAUAUCACACUUGUAUAGGCAAUUGUGCUGCUUAUGGUCAAAUCGUCUGUCCAUUGUUUUUGCCUUGUAGUAGGCCCAGAUCAGCAUGUCCUCAGAGGCUAUAGGCAAGCAAGUCUAGUGCUAGGGAAAUUUGAGAUAGGAUGACAGAUCCUAAGCUUCCCCUAGAAGGUAGCUGCCUUGGGCCCAGGUGUAAAGAUACAGCCUCUUCUGUCUAAGAACAAAUCUGAGAGUGCCUACUAGAAAAACAUAGGUAACAGGGCUCUGAGCCAUUUGGAUGAGCUGUGAACCAUUCAACAUAAGUAACACAGUGCCUUUGCAUGUUUUGUUCUCUACUGACUUUAGCAAAGUUUUUCUCAUCUGACUUUAGGAAAGUUUGUCAUCCUAAAUAUAGUCGUUUCAUAUUCUCCCACUCCCAAAGCAGAAUUAUUUUUCAUCUGUGUUCUCAAAGUAUUACACAAAGAGUUAGCAUUUAAAUACUGUGUGUUGUAGUUACUCUGUUGAUUAGGCUUCAGUCUUCUGAGCCAUAUUUGUGUUUCCACAGCUUAUCACCUGAGGUAUAGCCAAUGUACUCAUUUACCUAGGGAAGGCUAAGAAAUGACAAGAUAUAUUCGAGUUGAGAUUGAUGAGAGUAGCAGUACUGUAAAAGUCUAGGUUUGUAGCAUAAGACCAAAGUGUUGUGGACUAGUGAUGAAAGAAGUAGGAGAACUUCAUUAGAUAGAAUUGGUGGGAUGUCAAGGGUGAUUGAAAGAAUGGAAUCUGCAGUAAGUUCCAGGUUUCUGGCUUGAGCAACUGGGUGGGGCUGAUGAUACCUGUUAAAAGUGUUCAGGUACUCAUCAGAUGUCAUUUGAAAGUGAGACAAGCUAGGGGUAAUGGUGCAUGCCUAUAGUCCUAACUACUGCAAGGCUUAAGCAAUAGCUAGAACUGGGUUGUAUUUGCUCAUUUGAGUCCAAGAGUUUGAAAUUAGCCUAAGCAACAUAGUGAGACCUGUCUCAAAAAAAGAAAAAGAAAGGAAAGAAAAGUAUGAGACAUGGGUGAAAUUGUGCUAGGGAUUUGGGGAUGUAACCUAGAGGUGGUAAAGUUGAUGGAAUAGAUAAAGUAUUAUUGAUAGGGAAAAAAAAAAAAA